UUAAGUUCCAGCUCUAUGUUUACGUGUAGAACUUUAUUUUCGAUUUAGUUUUGUUUACCAAUAAAUUUCGUUAGCAAUGACAAAUCUACAACGCUGGCUAUUUUACGCAUCGCUCUUUGCGAUUCCCUAUCUCUCCGUUGUUUUGGGAACAGUGCAAACACAGCUUACUACCAAGUAUUUCCUAUACUUUCAGAUUUUACCACUUUUGCUCCUCGUGAUUUUUGGUAUAUAUUCCGUUUGGACUGUUCUAUAUAGAACUCUGACUUUCAACGAUUGUCCCGAGGCCGCCAAGGAGCUCCAGGAUGAAAUUCAGGAGGCUCGCAAGGAUUUGAUAGCCAAGGGAUUUCGGUUUCGAGAUUAGGGGAUUUCCAGCUCCCAGGACUUGUGCAUGUUAAUCUGUAAUUCCAUUAUUUAGAAAAACAAAAAUCACGCAAAUGUACUCUAGACCGCAUUUUGUGUGGGCGGACGCGUUGUUGGGGGCUGAUUUCCCCAGGUGUCGGAAGUUUGGUGGCCAAAUUAUGUUGAGGUUUUGAAAGAAUAUGCUUGAAAAAGUAUGAAUAUGUGCAUGUUUAAUUGGCUUACCAUCUCUAGUGAGUUGCUGAAAAUGCCAAUAAAAUAUGUAACUCGAAAUAAAAGAAAUCUAAAACAGUA